AAUAAAAGAUAACACAUUUAAUUGGACUAAUUUACAUGAAAACAAAGGAAUACAUUUUCCCCCUCCCUCAAUACGUUUCUACAAAAGUGAAUAGGCUAUUAUCAGAAUUGAAAUUUUCUACAUAGAGAACAUUUACCUUUAGGACGUUUAACGAUUGCCAUUACAUACUAUUAAGACCAGCAUUACUACAAGCAGUCUUAUGUAUGUGUAACCACUGAGGGCACGCAUUUGUACGUUAGUUUCGCUGCGCCACCCUGUGGUCAGACGGCACUACAAAGCCCCGUACAAGUAGUGCGCUGCACGCGCAGGCAUUUCAUUCUUCCCACUCAACGGGACCCGUGGAGUACAGUGCUGAGAAAGGCGCCGCGACCUUUUCUGUUUUGCGCGACUCUCGACAGACUUGGUGAAAUGGCUACCGAGACACCUGUUUUAUCCCCGCUCAAAGCGUAUUUUCUUUUGCUUUUGGGGGGUUUGAUAACAGAAGCUGCACAGGAACAAGGCAGUUUGUACAUGUGGAUCGAUGCCAACCAAGCCAGAGUUCUAAUUGGUUUUGAGGAAGAUAUUUUGAUAGUGUCGGAGGGCAAAAUGGCCCCUUUCACCCACGACUUCAGAAAAGCCCAGCAAAGGAUGCCCGCCAUUCCUGUCAAUAUCCACCACGUGAACUUUACCUGGCAAGCCACGGAGCAGGCGGAGUACUUCUACGAGUUCCAGACGCUGCGCUCCCUGGAUAAGGACAUCAUGGACGACCCCACGGUCAACGUCCCGGUGCUGGGGUCCGUCCCGCACAAAACCUCAGUGGUGCAGGUGGGCUUCCCGUGCCUGGGCUCUCAGGAUGGGGUGGCCGCGUUCGAGGUGACCGUGCUGGUGAUGGACGCCGGGGGCAACGUCGUCCUCAGGACGCCCCACAACGCCAUCUUCUUCAAAACCUGCCAGAGAGCGAAGUGUCCUGGCGGCUGCCGGAAUGGGGGUUUCUGCAGUGAGAGGCAGGUGUGUGAGUGCCAGGACGGCUUCUACGGGCCUCACUGUGAGAAAGCCCUUUGCUCCCCCAGGUGUGUGAAUGGGGGUUUGUGCGUGAGUCCAGGUGUGUGCAUCUGCCCACCUGGUUACUAUGGCGUCAACUGCGACAAAGCCAACUGCAGCACUACCUGUCUGAACGGGGGCACCUGCUUCCACCCCGGCAAGUGCAUCUGCCCCACAGGGUACGAGGGGCACCACUGCCAGAUCAGUAAAUGCCGCCAGCCCUGUCGGAACGGCGGGAAGUGCACGGGACGGAACAAGUGCAAGUGCAGCAAGGGUUUCCAUGGAGACCUGUGCUCCAAGGCUGUCUGUGAUCCUGGCUGUGGUGCCCAUGGAACGUGCGUGGAACCAAACAAGUGCCAGUGCAGAGAAGGCUGGCACGGACGCACCUGCAGCAAGAGGUACCGGGGGGGCACGCCCCGACUCUCAGGACCCAAGCACAAACAGCCCCCCCCCUCACCCAAGGACACCAAGGAGGGAGGCCACGGCAGGAGCCCCCCCGAGACCAACUACGUCGUAUGAGUGUCCCGGCACUCUGGAGCGCCCCCAUUCCCUUCCCUUCCCUUCAGAUACACCACUUCCUGUUCCACUUAAUGUUCUUAGGCCCCUCCCCAACCCAUCCCCAGCCCAUUCUGCCCCAAACUUCAGUAUCUUUCUCAUUCCAGAGUUUUACCAGUGAUUGAAGUUUGAGAUUUCAUGAAUGCCGUAAACUUGCCUGACUCCUGUGAACCAAUCAGGGCUUCUCUGGCUCCGGUAUAGCGUGUGUGAUUUCUUCAGACCUGUGAGUCAUUAUUAGCUUUCAGUACUCACACCCAGCUGUGGGCUCAUGAAGUCCUGCACUGCAUUCGCCAAUCACUCCGAUUCUACUUAUCCAGGUCUUGAGUGACGACCAUGAUUAGUUAAUCAGUUGAAUGAGUUUUUGUAGUGCUGGGCUAAAACAAAAACUUGAACACACACUGGCCCUUUUUGGAUAAGAUUUGACACCCCUGGCCUACACCCUCUGUUCCUUCUGGAAGAAUUAAUGUUUUCCUAUUCAUUCAAACUUCCCUCAAAGCCUUCCCCUUGUGUCAUUCACCUUGGGCAUCUAAGAAAGUGUGCCCUCUGUGUGCCUGGAGGGAUAAUUGUUGCAUUUUCCUCAACAGCAACAACCAAAAAAACAAACAAACAAACAAAUCAGGAAAAAAAGAAACAUGGCUCACAUAUAUGUAGGAAAAAUCUGGGGGGGUCUUUAAUGACACAGGAUUACUGAGUUAGCUGGAUAACAGCGAACCCAAACUCAGUAAUUCUGCUUCCUGAAAUACCCCCCAGAUCAGUUUUUGUGUUUUUGUUUGUGCCCCAAAAGCCUUUGCUGCAGCAGACAGACCUGGGCAAAUGCAGAGCUCUGUGUGACUCCACGUAUGUUCAUUUCUGCCACGAUCCAAAAGUUGGGUUUUAGGUUUUAGCAUAAUGGCGUAAGCUUAGAGAGGCAUUGCUAGUUUGUCCCGAGGAACAGGCUUAACUGAUUAAUGAGAGUACUGGACUGCUGAGAGAGACUCAGUGUAACUGCUUACGCCGGCUUUGCCUCCACCAUAAAUGCUAAUAAAUGCUAAGUUAGCGUCUAACAGAGCUAUGCUAGCGUGUGGAGAGGGUCUGAGGGGAUCCUUGCUCUUCACUGCAUGCUGAAGGUCGCCUGGGAGACGGCAGGAACCAGCACUUUGUACAUUAUGAGCUCUGCAGUCCACCUUUAGAUCUGAAGGUCAUGUGACCCGGGCUUUUCAGAACACGGGCGCUGGUUUUCACCCCCCCCCCCCCCCCCCCCCGGCCCCCCUUCGGGAGGAGGCACGCGGCAGAACUGGACUCUUUUAGGACACCAGACGCCCGGCGACCUUUGACCCCGGCAUUCCCAGUGUUAAUGGGAUCCAGAUGAGAGGAGUGCUGGUCUCGUGACGCACCCCCCUCCCCCCCCCUCCCCCCUCCCCCCCCCCACACACACACACACACACACACACACAGACUAUGUGUGAUUUACUAACGCUAAUCCUACACAUGAAAAAGCCAAAGAACACUGAAAAUCCUUCUUUUUUUAAAUGUCCGUCAAAGACGUUUGAGAUUCACAGAGAUCACUGAAUCACAGCACUGGGCUCUCAGUUCAGGCUCCGCCUCCAGCGGCCUCCUGCACAUCCCACUGCCUGCCUGUGGGGGGCACUGCAGCCUCCUCACCACCUUCUCUUCUGUCACAUCUGUCCUAUUUAAUGAAACAUUUUCUUUUUUGUUUUGUUUUGUAAACCACUUUUUCUAUUAAUAUUUAACUUGUAGUGAAAUUGCUAUAUCAAACUGAAUUGUACUUUUAGUCUUAGAAAAAAUGUAAGAAAAACGGUAGAAGAUAUUUUAUUUCUUUUGAUUUAUUCACUUAAAAGUCUAUGUAAUUAAUGUUUAUAACAUUGUAAUACAGCACAUAAACGGCCUAAUAUAUUGUAAACAAAAAAAGUGUGCUUCUCCUCUGCUCUCAUGUGUAUGUAUGUAAUGAAUCACUAAAGUCAAAUGUUGUAAAUCCA